UUUAAAAGAAAUACGAUGGCAUAAAUUGUCAUUGAUGAUGUAAUCUAUGUAUUAUAGGUCCUACCAAGAUUCUUCUGGUGAAGUAAAGAGAAAUUCAAUGAUAACUUAUCAUCUCGAAGAUCCUUACAGAGAGUUUGAGGAUCAAUCUUAUAGAAAUCCCUGACUCAUUGUUCAUGAAAAGGGUAAUGCUGGCAGCUCAGAGGAACAUUAUGGAACUGACCACACAAAGAUUAUUGAAUUUGAUACUACAAUUCAGAGAGAAAUUGCAAGAGACCAGCUGUUCAUGUUGAGAGAAGUUCAUAUUUCUCCGGUUGAUAACUGUACUUGCAGCAUUAAAGCUUUUGCAGUUUUUGUUCACGAUUAUCCAGUUGUUGCAGAAAAUCAUCCUUUGACAAUCAUUGUCAAGGUAUUGUACGACUCCCUUGGAUGGAAUGGCGAAAGACCCAUAGAAUAUAUCAGAGAAGAAUCUAUUGAAGAGAAAACCCAAGAGUCAAAUAUCCACCCAAAAGAAGAGUUUUUAUACAAAAGAGGCAUUCUUAAAGGAACACCUGCUGAAGAUAUUUAUAAUGUUUACAAUAAUGUUAGCAAUGAUAGGAUUAUUCCUAGGAUUUCAGAAAUUAAUGACAACUCUCUGGAAUUUUCACAGAAGUUUUACAAUGAAAAGUUUAGUUUGAAUAUUAGUGAGGAAUUCAAGAUGGAUGUUGACAGAAUCAUCUCCAAGCUGCCAAAGUCAUCAGAGUACUUGCCAGUGAUGGAGUCUUUGGACAUGACUCAGGUGAUUGAGGACUUCAAUUACAGAUUAGCUGCUAUUGCGUUCAACUUAGAUACUGGAACUCAAGAAUUUAAAAUCAUGAUGCCUCCAAACACUUAUGGAAGAUACAUAACUAUCCUUGGACUGGACACUCACAGAUUAUAUGAAGAACAUUCCAACUAUGACAUCGGCCAGUUAAUCUUCAGUGGGUUCCAAAUCCCCAGUUGUCUUACCCUUGAAAAAUAA